AUGGGGAACCUAUUUGUACUUACGUUUGUGAACUUUCGCCUAAUAAAUGGGAUUAAGAGGACUACAGCAAAGGAGACGAAGAGCUUGAAUUCGGAGUUGCUUGUGGGAGGAUUGGUUGGUGGGGAACCUAUUUGUACUUACGUUUGUGAACUUUCGCCUAAUGCUACAAUGGGACAUGAUGAAGAGCUUGAGCGUGUUCGGGGUCUAAGAUGGUUUUAUCUCCGCUUCUCUGACAUUUUACUGGAUAUGCAGAAUUAG